UAAUACUCCAAUAGAACAACUUGUGUGAAAGAUGGUGUAUUACUUUACAUCGAAUGUGGUUCAACCGUCAGCAUCAAUUUAUGUUGGAAAAGACAAGUUUGAGAGUACGAUGGACGUUCUCCGCCAUUAAUGACAUGGUCUGAUGUUUUGUGUGGACAGAUGAGGAACUCAUAAAGUAUGGACUAGAGAUGGAUGUCUGGUGCCCAGUUUCACGUUGAUAAUCUUUCCAGUGCGCAUGUCUAUCUACGGCUACGUGAUGGUGAAACCUGGGAGAACAUUCCCCAAAAACUUUUGGAGGAUUGUGCUCAACUCACGAAAGCAAAUUCGAUAGAGGGAAACAAGAAAGAUAACAUAACGGUAAUAUACACCCCAUGGUUAAACCUGAUGAAAGACGGAUCCAUGGCAACUGGCCAGGUUUCUUUCCACAACCCCAAGUUGGUGCGCAAGGUGUUUGUCCGCACACGUGAGAAUGCAAUUGUCAAUCGUCUCAAUAAAACUCGAGUCGAAAAGUUCCCUGAUCUCCGAGCAGAGAAGGAGGAGCACGUGAAGAAGGUCAAUAGGGAGGAAAGAAGGCGGUUGGAACAAAGAAAGGCACGGGAGAAGCAGGAAAAGAGAGAAAGAGAACAAUUGAAAUGGCAGAAGGAGCAUGCAUACGACGAUCUGCUAAGUGAGGAGAAUGUUCAGCAAAGCAGCAACCAGGACCGAGAUCCAAAUUUCCUCGACGACUUUAUGUGAUCUUGGAUCUUACAAGAUGGAGACUAGAAGAGAGCUUAAAUAUUCCAUGGUGGACUGUGACUAUUACUAUCCCCAGACAAUUGCACGGUUUUUCCAGCAAGCACCAUGCAGAUAUGGCCCUUGACAGCAGGUUCCACAAUGUACUCCGUACAUGAGCAGGCAAGAAAGAGCCGUGUCAUGACUGGAUCCCUUUUGAUUUUAUUUGGAGUCCUUAACUGCAGCAUGGCCACAGUACCUAUAGGCCAACUUCAAAGUAUGGCGCGACUUGAAAGACCAAAAGAAUAAAAUGCCAACCAUCACAAUUUCUUUCGUGUCAAAAAUUAUUAUUCGGUAUAAUUGAAAAUGCUAUUUUCAUCUAAAAAUUGAAGAGAUGACCCAACAAGGGUUGAAUUUCGUGCUUCAUGUUCCGAGUUGAUAGUUUCGCCAUGGCCAAAAGCUAAAAACACACGUGCUGUACGGACUUCGGAGUAGUAAUGUGGAUCAGGAGUGCGGCGUCUGGAUAUCAAAUACUAAAGGAUACCGUAGGAUUCGUAGGUUCGUGGUGAACGCUCUAUACUGAUAUACUGCCAUCUCUG